GUAAGGUAUUCUAAGGGUUAGGGUCUACGGCGCGUACGCACAUGGCACGUCAGGGUUUCAUGAGGUAACCUCUUCUAGGCGAAGAGCUGGACAGAGCUAAGGUUUGCAUGAUGGGACGCUGGGAAUUUCGACUCCCAGCUCGUGUACGUCCGUAUUGUUUUCAUAAACAACAGCUUUAGAGCGCUUGGGCUGAUUGUAGCGGCUGUUGAGGUACGUACCUUACCGGUCCAUCAAACUCAACGCGUCGAGAAAGUGGGGCAAGUCACGUAAUUAAACAAUUGAAGCGCGUCCGAAGUCUGGGGAGCUGUGUUUUGUGCCAUUUGCUCGCUCCUUCUUUACAAGUUCGACUUCGAAUCCAACCUUGUUGAACUAUGCCCAGUCUCUUAACAAACGCCCAUUUGAUGACUUGACGAAUUGAUACAUCAUAUUCAUCCUUCUGUCCAUCUCCAAAAUCCGUUUGUUCAUCACGUCGUCCGCCCAGCCUCAGCAAUGCCCGCCGCUACUCUACCCCAGAAGCGGGUGUUCGGUGAGGCAUCGAGCGCGCGUCGCAACAUCGUCGCCACUCCCAUCUCCUCGAAAAAGCGGCGUCUAGAUGAGCCAUCCUCCUCUCCUGCAGUCCGCCUCGGCAGCUCCCAGAAUGACGGCAGGGGCAAACUGGCCUCAAGCCAGCAAAAGAGUACCUUUGAGAGCGAAGUGCUCGAGCGCAUGAGCCAGGACAUCUCGGAUCUCAAGCAGAGCAAUGCAGAGAAGGACCAGAUUUGGGAUCGACCACCUGUACCCCGGCAUUUCGACCCAGCGAAGCACAGUCUCUGUUUCCAGGCCAUCGAAGCUGAGGAGGGUACCGUUGCUGGCGGCCAAGCGACAGUGAAACUAUUUGGUGUUACCGACAAUGGAAACUCUGUGCUGCUGCAUGUGAAGGACUUCAAACACUAUCUCUACGUCGCUGCUCCAGUGUCCUUCACGGCCGAGGACUGCCCCAAGUUCAAGGCCUAUCUCGAAACACAACUCGCCAUGCACCAAGCCGUCAUCCAUUCCGUCACCCUCACCAUGCGAGAAAAUAUAUAUGGCUUUCAGGGCAACAUCCAGAACCCCUACCUCAAGAUCACCGUCACAGACCCAAAGUUCAUCAACAAGGUCCGCACCUUGAUCGAACGGGGCGAUGCCAAUUGGAAGGGCAUGUGGAAGAGCGCCGACGGCACCAUCAUGACCUAUGACAACAUCCAGUACCUGCUCCGGUUCAUGGUGGACUGCUCGAUUGCCGGCAUGGCUUGGGUUGAGGCACCGGCGGGCCGAUAUGCCCUCAUGACCGACAAGCAGUCCAAUUGCCAGAUCGAAGCUCAGAUGAGCUACAGAGACCUGAUCGCCCACAAGCCCACCGGCGAGUGGUCCAAGAUGGCUCCCCUGAGAAUCCUUUCCUUCGAUAUCGAGUGCGCGGGCCGCAAAGGCAUCUUCCCUGAGGCCAACCACGACUCCGUUAUCCAAAUCGCCAACAUCGUCACCAAGUAUGGGGACAAAAAGCCAUUCGUGCGGAACGUGUUUUGUUUGGAUACCACCAGUCCCAUCGUGGCCACUCAGAUCAUCUCCUUUGACAAGGAAGAGGAUAUGCUCAAGGCGUGGAGGGAUUUCCUUCAGAGGGUCGACCCGGACAUCAUCAUUGGCUACAACAUUGCCAACUUCGAUUUUCCUUAUCUGCUUGACCGAGCCAAGCACCUGAAGGUUCACGGUUUCGAGUACUGGUCCCGCACAUACGUCAAGUCUGUGUCAAAGGAGACCAACUUUUCCAGCAAGCAGAUGGGCAACCGUGACACCAAGGCCACCAAUACCAAUGGACGUCUCCAGCUCGACCUUUUGCAGUUGAUCCAGCGUGACCAUCAACUACGGAGUUAUACCCUGAACUCAGUCUGCUCUCAUUUCCUCGGCGAGCAGAAGGAAGACGUGCAUCACUCCAUGAUCACCGAACUUUUCGAAGGCACCCCCGAAUCCAGGCGUCGGCUGGCCUUGUACUGCCUCAAGGAUGCCUACCUCCCUCAGCGAUUGAUGGACAAACUAUCGUGCCUCGAAAACUACACCGAAAUGGCAAGAGUCACAGGCGUCCCCUUCAACUUCUUGCUCGCAAGAGGCCAACAGGUCAAGUUCUUGAGCCAACUCUGCCGGAAGGCUCUGGAGCAAAAGCUGGUCAUUCCCAACGUCAGGUCAGAGUCGUCCGAGGAGCAGUACGAAGGUGCCACCGUCAUUGAGCCUACCAGAGGCUACUAUGACGUGCCAAUUGCCACGCUGGAUUUUGCUUCGCUGUACCCGAGUAUCAUCCAAGCACACAACCUCUGUUACACGACCCUCAUCAAGAAGAAGGAUGUUGAAAAGUGGAAUCUGAAGAAGGAAGAGGACUACAUUGUCACACCCAACGGGGACAUGUUUGUCACCACCAAGCAGAGGAAAGGCCUGCUGGCCCAGAUCUUGGAGGAGUUGCUCGCAGCUCGAAAACAAGCAAAGCGGGAGUUGGCUGCUGAGACGGAUCCCUUCAAAAAGGCGGUGCUGAACGGUCGGCAGCUGGCCUUGAAAAUUAGCGCCAACUCUGUCUACGGUUUGACAGGUGCGACGAACGGCAAGCUUCCCUGCCUUGAGAUUGCCAGCAGCACCACAGCUUUUGGUCGUCAGAUGAUUGAGAAGACAAAGCAGGAAGUCGAGCAGAGGUACUGCAUCGCAAACGGCUACUCCCACGAUGCCCAGGUCAUCUACGGUGAUACCGAUUCCGUCAUGGUCAAGUUCGGUACCAAGGACCUGGCGGAAGCCAUGAAGCUCGGGGAGGAUGCCUCGCAAUUCGUCUCGAGCAAGUUCAUCAAGCCCAUCAAGCUCGAAUUCGAGAAGGUCUAUUUCCCCUAUCUUCUCAUCAACAAAAAGCGUUACGCAGGGCUGUACUGGACCAAACCGGAGAAGUACGAUAAGAUGGAUACCAAGGGUAUUGAGACGGUCAGGCGUGACAACUGUCUCCUGGUGCAAACUGUCAUUGAAAAGGUCCUCAGGAUGAUUCUAAUCGACCAGGAUGUGCCGGGCGCGCAAGAAUACGUCAAGGACACUAUCGCGGACCUUCUGCAAAACAAGAUCGACAUGUCCAAGCUGGUCAUCACCAAGGCCCUGACCAAGGACGACUACGCCGCAAAGCAAGCUCACGUCGAACUAGCACAGCGGAUGAAGAAGCGAGACGCCGGGUCGGCGCCAGGCCUCGGCGACCGUGUGGCCUACGUCAUGGUCAAGGGCGCCGCGGGCUCCAAGAAUUUUGAGCGCUCCGAGGACCCCAUCUACGUGCUUGAGCACAACGUCCCCAUCGACACCAAGUACUACCUCGACAACCAGCUGGCCAAGCCGCUGGGCCGCAUCUUCGAGCCCAUCCUCGGCGAGACCAAGGCCAAGUCGCUGCUCACGGGCGACCACACGCGCUCCAUCUCAGUCGCAGCCCCGACCAUCGGCGGGCUCAUGAAGUUUGCCAAGAAGACGCAGACUUGUAUGGGCUGCAAGAAGCCGUUGACGGGCAAGGAUGAGAGCCAGGGCGCCGUGUGCGCCGACGACGCGCCGCGUGUUGGGGAGCUCUACAAGAAGACGCUCGACAAGGUGUCGGACCUCGAGGUCCGGUUCGGCCGGCUGUGGACGCAGUGCCAGCGCUGCCAGGGCAGCAUGCACUGCGAGGUCAUCUGCAGCAGCAAGGACUGCCCCAUCUUUUACAUGCGCAUGAAGGCAAAGAAGGAUCUGGAGGAUGCGAAUAAGGAGUUGGCGAGGUUUGAUUUUGACCAGGCUGCUAUCUGGUAGUGGGCGGCCGACAGCUUGUGUGAUCCGGUAACGAGAAGGAGGCUACGGCGUUUGGGGGACGGCAUAUAUAUCAUGGGUUAGGAUUGGAUUUGUUGGUGAGUAUGGGUAUUUGGUGACUUGACUGGUGAAUAUCUUUAGUCCGUGUCUAUUUCAUGAAGUUCUAUGACUGUUUAGGUCUAUUCCUCGUCCGAGAACUUGAAAGGCGAACGCUCUACGGUAGGUCAUAUUGCUUGUUUGAACUCAGAAUCAACUUCCCCUUGGAUUGUUGCCUUUGGCUCGAGGAUGAUAGGCUAUCUAAGCCAUCUAACUC